AUGGUAUCCCCGCCCUUCUGGGGUGCACCCACCUCAUACCUGAACUUCUGCGAAGAAGACUACGUGAUCACCCGCUACGUGGCCGAGUUCAUCAACACCCUUAGCAGCUUCACCUACAUGAUUUAUGGCCUCUACGGCCUCUACCACCUCCACCACAACCAGAAACCCAACUCCACCCCCCGCUCCAUCCCCUACUUCGGUCUCAUCGGCGUCGGAAUUUGUUCCGCGGGUUAUCACAUGACUUUGAAAUAUCAUACUCAGAUGUCGGACGAACUCUCAAUGCACCUCCUAACCACACCGCUGCUCUACCGCAUCCUAACGUUUCAAUCCACGCCCCAACGCAAAAAAACCACCGGGGUGGUUCUAUUCACCUUAUUUACUAUCGUAAUGGUCGUGCAUAUGCUCAUGGAUGAGUUCGUUUUGCACGCGGUGAGUUUCGGGUCUGCGGUAUUGGUUAUUACCGUGAAGACGUUGAGGAUUAUUCGCGUGGAGAUAAAAGAUGAGAGGGUUAGGGGGAAGGUAGGGAGGGUUGCGCUUUUUGGGGUCGGCAGUUUCAUAUUCGGCUACCUCGUCUGGCUAAUCGAUGAAUUCGCCUGUGGGAUGUGGCACGUCUUCACAGCAAUCGGGGGGUAUAUUGCCGUCGCUAUUAUCGAUUUGAUUACUUCGGGUGAAGUGGGGAGGGAUUCGGUGGGGGAGUUGGCGUGGCCGGUUGCGGGGGUGGGGAGGAUUUUGGGAGAUGGAGUUUCAGAGGGUGUGGAGGAGGUGGAGAAGAGGAAGUAA